AUGAGUGUCUCAAUAUCCUCAACAAGUCAACGGAGUUGUCCAAAAUGUUUGACGUCGUUUUGCGAAAAGUGUGGCUAUCACGGAUACGAGAAUAUCUACGAACGAGCGUCAUUUUAUGAGAGUCGCUCUUCUCACUUCUCUUCUCCUUCACAAGCCCCAUCAUUUCUCCGUCCAAUAGUGGCUCCACCCUCGCAAUGUCCCCUACAUUCUUGCAAGUUACAAGAAACAUGCUGGCCAAAGAUGCGUCAAAUGGAAAAGCUCUUUCUUUUUACAUUUUCCACGACUUUUCUUGUGUGUUCAAUUGUUGAAUGGGGCUUUUUCAAUCUGCCUACCCUAGGAAGCCACCUAUCCACUGGAUUCAAAGUAGACGCGCACAGCUUGUUGCGCACCUUUUUCGACAACGGGAUUCCUGUGUAUUACUCGUUUCUUUGGCUGCUUGGUGUGUUCUCAAUUCAAUGCAAGAGUUGGCGUUGUUUGCUUGCAGUGAUCGGAAUCUUGUUACUCUUCUCCGUGCUUCAAGCCCUUCAUCUGCUCUUUCAUCUGCUCGGUGAUCACUACUGGCAGGGAAUGGUGCUGCUUUUGGGAAUCGAUCUCUCAAUGAUCGCUAUCUUAUUUCUAGUCAAAAAGCAUUAUCAUUAUAUGAGACUAUUUCAUGAAGUGACUUCAUCGAUUGCUUGUCAAGGG